AUGGCAGUGAUGGGUCACCAUGGAGCAGUGUGGCUUCUUCCCCUUGUCCUCCUUUUCCUGCAGACGGUGCAGACAGUGCUAUCAGACACGUGCAAGGACAACAAUGGGAACUGUGGGCAGUUCUGCAAAGAUGAAGAUGAAGGAGUAGUAUGUUCCUGUGUUGCUGGCUAUGCUCUGGAUGAUGACAACAAAACCUGCGUUCCUGUAGUCAAGUUCCCAUGUGGUAAACUUCAGAGAAAGCACGAAGUGGGUCGAGAAAAAGUUACAGCAAGUCCAGAUGCUCAUCUUAAAAAUGAGGAAACCACUGAGGCCCCGAUCUACCAUCCUGAGGUAACAGAGGAGGCUGGCAGUUUACCCAGUGCGUGUCCAUGGCAGGCAGUUCUGGUAGAGAAGCAUGGUAGCUGGUUUUGUGGGGGGACAAUCCUGAAUGAGUAUUUUAUACUUACUGCAGCUCAUUGCGUUACUGGUUCUAAGGAAUUACAGGUUAUCGUUGGGACGGUGGACAGAGAAGAGGAAGAGCCAAGUACUGCGACGCACAGAGUGGAAAAAAUAAUUCCAAAUGCUGAAUUUGAUUCAAAAUCUUUUGACAGUGACAUAGCCCUUAUCAAAUUAAGCGAACCUAUCACAUUUUCUGAGGAUGUUAUCCCAGCAUGCCUUCCAGAAGAAGACUUUGCUAAUGAUGUUCUGAUGAACCAAACAUUCGGAAUUAUCAGUGGCUUUGGGAACAUCUUUGAACAUACGCAGCCGGUCAAAAGAAUGAAAGUGCUUCAGGUCCCUUACGUGAACAGGAGAACUUGCAAGCAUGCCCUUAAACAUCUAGUCACAAGAAACAUGUUCUGUGCAGGUUAUAAUAAAGAUGGACAAGAUGCUUGCCAAGGAGAUGGAGGAGGCCCCCAUGUAACCGAAUACAAUGGCACUUACUUCGUUACUGGUAUUAUCAGCUGGGGAGAAGGGUGUGGAAAAGAAGGAAAAUAUGGAAUAUACACUAAAUUGUCAAGGUUCUUACCAUGGGUAAGAAGUGUUAUGACACAAAACUCCUAA